AUGCCAUUCAGAGCUCGGAAGAGCAGUCGCACAGCAAACCCAGCUUCUAGGCCACCAUCACCACCACCACCAUCAUCACCACCACUUAGGUCACUUUCACCCGAACAAGACGACGAGGAGGAAGACCAAGAAUCAGCACGAUUAGAUGACUUAUUCUCGCCAGAUUCGCCCACCCUCACACCCACUGACAGCGGAAUUCUGCUCAAAAAGAACGAUAAAGACACUUUGAGCGUUUUACAUCAGUUGUGCGCUUUCGAACAUGUCUUGAUGGAGUUCUUCGCAGGGUUGGAUGGGCUGAAGAUUGCACCUGUAAGGGGAUCGAAGAUAUUCAAGUUCGAUAGGACAGAAAUGUUUGAUAAUUCUGAUACAGGGAGACAAGCGAGAAGAAAUGAUGAGAUUGGUGGCUUGGAACGGAUCAUCGAGAGGAUAGCACAUUCCCAAAAAGUUGCCAAGGAUAAUAUCAUACCUGAAGAUUACCUUGACCGCAUUAGAGAUAACUUCAUCGCAGCCUUGCGAAACCCUUUCCUCCAUCUUCGCGAAUCGAAAGAAGUUCCAGGGCAAGUUGGACUAUUUGUCAAGCCUGCAGAAGCACCAUCCCGUAUCGAUGUCCUGACGAGGAAAGGGAAAACACCCAAUAUGGAUGGAAUUCGAUUCGAACUGUUUGCCUUUCCUCGGAAAAUCAAAAAGCCUGAAGAGCAUGGCUUUCUAGAUGAUCUUACUUUUGAUUAUAAGCAUAAGAAACCCGGAGAGAAGGAAGGGAAGAAUUGUGUUUUGAUGGGUUUAGGUAUGGCGAGGGUGAUCAAUCAUCACUGCCAGAAUAAAUCGAUCGAAUGGCUGUUCGAAGCCAAUGCAUUGAAGUUCGAAAGCGAUUAUAAGAUUGGUAGAAUGAGUUCGAAAUUGGUGAAACUUCCAAGGAGAAUGUUGAAGCCUGGGAUGGAGAUUUUUGGAUAUUAUGGUGAUGAGUUUGCUCGACUAGAUUGUACAUGCAGCAGCACAUCGCUUCACGCAUCCACAAAAGAAAAUCAUGUUGCUCCCGCUGGCCCGUCAACCCAUCAUUAUCGUGCUGAUACACCAAUGGAAUACCCAACCUCAAGGGCCGACUCAAUGGAUCUAAAUACUAUCCAUUUUGAAGGAUCCUCCCGACUCUCACCUGCCCGCGAUUGUCGAACGCCAAGCUAUUCAGAUUGGGACAGAGAUCACACUUUAUCUGAAGGUAGAAAAAGAUCUCUGAGACGGCAAAAGAAGAAGAGAGAGAAUGGGACUACACAAGGAGAGGAAGAUGACAAUGAAGUCGAAUAUCUUACCACUAUAUCACCUGGAGAAAGCUCUACUACCAGACAGACAAGAUCAUCUACGCAAAAGCAGAAGAAGAAGAGACUUCAGAGAGUCGAUAGUGAUACGGAAGAAGAUGAUGUGCCUGGUACUAGGGGUAGAACGGGUGCUCAACGACUGGAAGAGGAUGAUGUGUUUGCCAGCGAUGAUGAUGAAACUAUAGAAAUUCUCGAUGGUGAAGCCACAACGAACCCAACGAAAAUGGAGAUAUUAGAUCAACUUACUCGGCUGGAUACAAAAUUGAACAAACACAUGCACCGACUGAAGACUCAUGAGGAUAGUUUGGUCGCCAUCGUAUCGGAAUUGGUGGAUCUCAGAGAAAAGAUCGGCGAGGAUCGUAAGACAAUGGAAAGAUGUAGAGUCAAGCAGAGAAUGUUGGUAGAUCAGUUGAGGCGCAAAGACAAAGGCAAGGGGAAGCAAACUCUUCGGGAUCGAAAUGUUUUGGAGAUACCUGUUGUGAAUCUGGAAGAUAUGGCGAUUGAUGAGGAGGGAGAUGGAUGUAGAAAUAAGGGUAGUUCUUCAAUAUGA